CAUUCCAAUGGCAAGUGAAGAGUCCAAAGUCUCGGCUCAAUCUCGGUGAGAAUUCCGGUCAGGUGAGAAAAGUUUCCCAGUUUUAUUGUAGUCUACCUGUAUGUAGGUGUCACUCAGCAAACCCUGCUCGGGGUUAAGAAAGCUUCUGACCUUUAUUGGUGCUAACCGCGAAAGCCACCAUGGCCGAAUCCCAGCUCACGGUUAUGGAGGACGGGCGCAUAGGAGUCAAAGUCCCGGAGACCAAGCCGGAGUUUUACUAUAGUGAAGAGCAGCGAACCGCUGUAGAACUGCUGCUGAAGGAGGGCGAUGGCGCCUUCAAAACAAGACUUAAAGAGGACAAUACGAAGGACUUUCUGUCUGCCAGGGAAGUCAAGCUAUUAACGAACACUUUCAGACCGUACGACUCAGGGGAUGACAGCAAGGCAUCCACCUCCGGGUCGGAGCAGGGCGCCACCGGCACCGAUGCGGAUUCAGGGGUCCACUCCACCUACUGGCCCCAGAUGUCGGACACAGAGGUGCCGCCGCUGGAUAUCGGGUGGCCCAGCGGGGCUUAUUUCAAAGGGGUGACCCGGGUUUCCGUGCACACACACCCGCCCAAAGAGAACGGACCGCACAUUAAGGAGGUGGUGCGACGGCUCAUCCAAGAGGCUAGCAAGGUGAUCGCCAUAGUAAUGGACAUCCUCACAGACAUCCACAUCCUACAGGACCUGAUGGAUGCAGCGUCACGUCGCAUGGUGCCUGUUUACAUUUUAUUGGAUGAGCAAGGUGUGCCGCACUUCUUGGACAUGUGCUCCAGGCUGCAGAUUGGCUCACAACACCUUCGGAACAUCAGAGCCAGAACGCUUCAGGGAACUGGUUUCAAUUUGUCGUUUGGCAGGCUGCCUGGUUCACUCUGUAAUAAAUACAUGCUGGUAGAUGGGGACAAAGUUGUGUUCGGUUCCUACAGCUUCUCCUGGUGCACGUCUCGCAUGGACCGAAACAUGAUCACUGUGAUGACGGGACAGCCAGUCGACUUCUUUGACCGGGACUUCCGUGAGCUGUAUGCCAUUUCUGAGAAAAUGAACCUCUACAAAGAGUUUCACGUCAGCCCUCCUGCUGCCCAGGUGGCCUCCACAGUUCGCUCUAAACCGAGUACCAAACGCCCGCCAUUAGCAGCAACCACAUCCCGCUUCCAGGUUAGCUUAGGGGAUUCACGGAAUAUUGAAAUCCAGGUCCCAGCACACAAAUAUUACAACCCUAAAUACGCACUAGCGUUUGGGGAUACUCCCCGUCCAACAGGAUCUCUGCGCGAACCCAAGAGGGGUUCAGGUCUGGCUGAGGUUCCCGAGGAGGCAGAUUCGGGGAGCCCACGGUUGGCCAGCAGCGAGAAGAUGGAUCGAUUGAGUCCGCUGCCGGCAGAAUCCUCAGGCGAAAGCUUCAAGAGGACAAAUGGAGUCAAGUCAGACAUAAAAAGCCGUCCCACACUAAGGCAGAGACUUUUUAAGAGGAAAUCUCAGAAUAAACUUCCUGUUAACACAGAACCUGUACCCCCAGAAACUAAACAGGAUGAGGAGAAUCAGGAUAACUGCGAAGCGGUUGUGUUAUCUCCAUCCAAAGUUAGUAAGAAGCCGUCUAGACUGGGACGGAAGUCAAUGUCUCAGCAAACUGUCAAUGCCUCACAUGACAAUAUGAGUUUAAAAAGUCAACAUAAAGGAAGGUGUAAAGUGAGCUGAAGCUGCCCAUCUCCACAGAAGACAAAAUGACUUUAGUCACAUGAACAUUAACAUCACGUUUGAUUGUGCUGAAGAAUUUUACCCAGCGUCUCACAGAGAGACAAGAUAAAAUCAUUUUGUUGUUUGGUGCCAAAUGUACAAUAAAUGCGUUUUAAGUUUUA